CGGCGGCGCUGUGGUCCGUCGGUCCGCCGGUCCGUGGGUCUGCCCGGCCGCCCGGCCCCGCCCUGCCCCCCGGGGCGGCUCGGCUCCAUGGCCCGCGGCGGCGGUGGCGGGAGGCGGCCCGGGGGCCGCGGGGGCCGCUGACCGGGCGGCGGGAGGCGGCGGGGCCGGGCCAUGGGGGACGGAGCCGUCCGCAGCCGCCGGAGCCGGGAGCCCUGCCCGAGCUGGAGCGGCGUCCCCUGCUGAGCCCGAGCGCCGGGUGAGAAGAGGGCGCGCGCGGCCCCCCACCCAGGGCCCCGAGAUUCCAGACCCGGCCCCGCGAGGGGCACCCCGAGCGCGGCCCCGAGACCCCCACCCAGGACCCGGCCGGCAGCCGGAUGCCCGGGCCCACUGGACGGGCCGGUGGCCACCUGCGGGAUGAGCAGACUGCUGGGGGGGACGCUGGAGCGCGUGUGCAAGGCUGUGCUCCUUCUCUGCCUGCUGCACUUUCUCGUGGCCGUCAUCCUCUACUUUGACGUCUAUGCCCAGCACCUGGCCUUCUUCACCCGCUUCAGUGCCCGUGGCCCUGCCCGUGCCCUCCACCCGGCUGCCAGCAGCAACAGCAACUGCUCCCGGCCCAACACCACUGCCCCCAGCUCCGGGCUCCCUGAGGUCCCCAGUGCCCGGCCUGGCCCCACAGCUCCUGUGCUGCCGCCCUGUCCUGACUCACCGCCUGGUCUGGUGGGCCGACUGCUGAUCGAGUUCACCUCCCCCAUGCCACUGGAGCGGGUGCAGAGGGAGAACCCAGGCGUGCUUCUGGGUGGCCGCUAUACACCGCCUGACUGCACCCCAGCCCAGACAGUGGCGGUCAUCAUCCCCUUUAGACACCGAGAGCACCACCUACGCUACUGGCUCCACUAUCUACACCCCAUUUUGAGGCGGCAGCGGCUGCGCUAUGGCGUCUAUGUCAUCAACCAGCAUGGUGAGGACACCUUCAACCGGGCCAAGCUGCUCAACGUGGGCUUCCUGGAAGCAUUGAAGGAGGACGCCACCUAUGACUGCUUCAUCUUCAGCGACGUGGACCUGGUCCCCAUGGAUGACCGCAACCUGUACCGCUGCGGCGACCAGCCCCGCCACUUUGCCAUUGCCAUGGACAAGUUUGGCUUCCGGCUGCCCUAUGCUGGCUACUUCGGAGGUGUGUCAGGCCUGAGUAAGGCCCAGUUUCUGAGAAUCAAUGGCUUCCCCAACGAGUACUGGGGCUGGGGCGGUGAGGAUGACGACAUCUUCAACCGGAUCUCCCUGACUGGGAUGAAGAUCUCACGCCCAGACAUCCGGAUAGGCCGUUACCGCAUGAUCAAGCAUGACCGGGACAAGCAUAACGAGCCCAACCCUCAAAGGUUUACCAAGAUUCAGAACACGAAGCUGACCAUGAAGCGAGAUGGCAUCGGGUCAGUGCGGUACCAGGUCUUGGAGGUGUCUCGGCAACCGCUCUUCACCAACAUCACAGUGGACAUUGGGCGGCCCCCAUCAUGGCCCCCUCGGGGCUGAUGCUAACGGACACAGGCUCUCAGUGCCUGCCAGAGGACUGACCUACAGCCUGGCUGGUGGCUGCUCUGGGGGGAACCCCCAGGACUAAGACUGGGCUCUGUUUUCUGAGGGUCUUCAUUAGGCCUCCCCCCUCAGCUGCACCUGGAAGUUUCAGAACCCACUUUGGGGGGCUUCCUGCCUGGGCAGGCCCCUCAAUUGUGGCCCUCUCCAGGGUCAACCCUCCUUCCUGCCCUACUCCCCCCAGCCCAGCCCAGGUCACUGUCAGGGUCGGGCCAGCCCCUGCACUGCCUCGCGGAGUGGCCUGGGCUAGGUCACUCCACCUCUCUGUGCCUCAGUUUCCCCCCCUUGAGUCCCCUAGGGCCUGGAAGGGUGGGAGUUGUGACUAGAGGGCAGUGUCUCUUCCAGGGGGAAUUCUCAAAUCUGAGGAACCCCUUACUCCAGGGGAGGGGAAACCUUUUUCAUUCAACUGAUAGGGGCAAGCUUUGGUGUGCCCCCUGCUGAGGAGCAGCCCCAGGAGGGGACCAGAGAGGGUGCUGUGUCGCUGCCUGGGGUCUUGGGGUUGGUUGGCCUUUGCAUGGGGGGCGGGUGGGGCUUGGAUCAAUCAGUCUAGUUCCCGCCUCCCUGUCUCAAGAAAGGAGGCAGUAGCCCCAGGGCCGGCUCGUGUUUGUACAUUGCACAGAAACUUGUGUGGGUGCUUUAGUAAAAAACGUGAAUGGAGCA